AUGCGUUCAGCACCUUUGAUCACGAUGGGGAUGGCUACAUCAACAUGGAAGAACUCAGGCGUCUUCUUUCAGGUGAUGGAGCUAUGCUUGUGUCAGAUGUGCUUCCUGAUGGCCAUACAGUGGAUGAGGUCAUGGAAGAAGUCUCAGGGGGGUGAUGGAGUCAUCUCAUUCUCUAGAUUCAGGUCUUAUUUGAUGCACGUGAAGCAUGGAGGAGAGAGGGAUGCUGGCCGGCCUUUAGGAAAUUGGGUUGCGGGGAACCAGAAUGAAGACGACAUGCAGCAAGGCCAGGGUGAUGAGCAAGUUGCAGCUGAACCACAGGACGCUUCUGACCUAUUGAAUCGUUUGGAUGCAAGCGAAGUGCCAGAGGAGGAGGAAGAGGACCCUGAAGAGAACAGUCUCGCUCGAUUGGAAAGUACAAGUGCAGAGCUCAUGGGCUUUCAUCAAUGGUUGGACGACCUCUUCCAGGACCAACGCCGUGAUGCUCGCUUGAAUAUCUUCUUGAGAUUCCAUGACUCACGGGUGGAGGCUGCCUAUGUUUCUCACUAUGCUCCAGUCACUCUUCGUCAAGCACAAGUCUUAGCACUCCCAGUUGCAGCCUACUCCUUGUGGGCACUCUUGACAGAGAACUUCCGUUGGGAGCCGUCGCUGAUUCACUGGGAACAAGGCAUCCAGGUUGUGAACAAUCUGGCCUGGCUAACAAUAUUCUUUGGUUCUUUGCUUAUGUUCAGCGCCAUAGCACUUUGGCUCUGGAGACGGAAAAGGAAGGCAUUACGAGUAGCAUGGGCUGCCAGAAACGCAGAGAGUACCGGCGAGCAAGACAAGGCCUCCAAGCUGGAAGCUGCAAAGGCAGAGGCGGAAUUCGAUCGAGAGGCCAUCCAAGCAGAGCAGGUGCUUUGCCUUUGGGCUGUAGUCACUCCGUGGCUGUGCUGCUUCUUUGCAAAUCGCAGGCGGCUUGCUGCCUUGUGGGAUGUCGAUCCUUUUCAGGAGUUCCCAACAGUCAGCACCGACUAUGACCUUAUUCUAACAAUGCUUGGGACGCUCAUGUUCUUCUCAAUGAGGACCAAUCUCCGAUUCUUGUACGCACUCCCGGUCGCAUUAUCCUGUCUUUUGGCUUAUGGCACCAGUUCCAUCGUCAUGGCAUCUUCACCGAAGGCAAAUCCUGAUGAUUUCAGGUGGGGCUGGACGGCGGUACUGCUGAUUGUGUCUUGCGGACUUUGUUUAUCCGGCCACCGAAACUUGGAGUAUCAAAGACGGCUAUCCUUCAUUUCGCUGUAUGCCUCGUUUGCUGUGCUCAAGGACAUCCAAGUGGCGGAUCCAUUGGAAAAGCAAGUUCCAGGUAGUCCAAGAUCCAGUAUCACAGGCAUGACUGGUUUCAGUCUUGCUCAAAGCAAGGGCCCGGAAACCAGACUUGCUCGGCUAAAGAGAGGAAUUGCGCUGCUUGAUAGGCUGUGCACAAGUGCGAGCAGUGGCAAUCAAGCCUUCCGGGAUGCCUUGAUGGGGUUGCUGGAAAUCCUGUCCUCUGCCCGAGAGGAUCUUGCUCAGGCUGAGCGCCUGGUGUCGGCAGAUAUUGCGGAAGUGCUAGAGCAAAAGGGUAUCGAUGGUGAAGCAAAGUUGAAACUGUUAGACCUUUUUGACGAGCUUCCACCGCUUCCACCUGUCCCUCCACUUCCACUUCGAGUCAACAUGUUAGAAAAGGAUUGUGAAGCAGAGGAGAGCAACAAAGACAGAGACGACAAAUUGGAGGCUUGGGGAUGGGAAGUGCUUCCCAUGCAACAUGGAGGUUCCACAUCGAGCACCAAGAAGGAACUCGACGAAUCGCUGGCUUCAGCUGGAGAGAUGCUUUUGGCCCCUGUUGUGUCAGAGGCAGUGGGAAACGAUGCAGGCAAAGUGCUAUUGGCUCGCUUACUGGAUGCGCACAGGAGCUCACCAGCGUGGAGCGAAGCUCGGGCAGCAUUGGCGUUGCGUGCGACGAAUUGGCUAGCAAAGAAAACGGGACUGUGGGCUCACUUGGAAGUUGGCGAAAAAGCUGCCUUGCUAGCAGCUGCUGCAGGUUUACACGCGGUUCCAGUGAGUCAGGCAGUUGCCUUCAAACAAGAGCAGACGGGUGUCUUCGCGAGUAAAGACCCAGUGCUAGGACAUGCAGCUAGCAUUUCCUCCACAGCGCUUGCAUUAACAGCAGCUGGCCUAGGGAGAAAUUCUGCCUUCUCUGAACGACCUUCUUCAGCCCUCAUGGAUGACUCUCCAUUAUUGAGGCUAACGCGCAGGCUGCAGCAUCGCGCGCGACCUUGUGCAGCACUACAGGACCUGAAGAGAGUCCGCAUCCUGCUAGAAGCAGACGAAGAGCCCUUGCCCUUUAAUGUGCGCAAUCUUCAAAGUCUAUCGUCGGAGGAGCUGGAAGAGGUGAACAGAGCAGCCAAGGAGCGGCGGUUGCUUCUUGCAGGUUUAGUUCUUGCAGCUGGAGACCUGGCAUUCCUUGCAUUGCCGCAGAAGCAGCACCUCGCAUGGGCCGGACUUGCACGGGAAGAACGUGAGGUUGGCAUGUGCGCAGCUGAUUGGCUAAGAGGCUUGGCAGAGACGUUGGCAAUUCCAUUGUACGACACAUUGCAUACCGUCGGAGAGUUGACCUGCCAUACGGGCAAACAUCCGUUGUCCGUGCCUUUGGGCAAUCUUCGCGAGAAUGCCCGGUACUGGACAAAGCAUUCCUUGGCGCCUUCUGGCCGGCCUAGCCGAAGGUUUUCCGGUCAGGCAGUCAGUCCGGCAACAUCAUCAAAAGACAAGGAAAAGCUGCAG